UGACAAUUUGACAUCACAAAAGGCUACAGCUGAGCCAGAGGAGGACAACACUUUCUAUUCACACGAAGCUCCAUUUACAACUGCAGUAUUAGCCCAAGGUAUCCUUCAUUGCUUAUAUAAAAGAUCUAGCUAGAGAGUGCAUAGUCUAAAGUCACUUCAUAUCUAAGGCAAACUUUGCCAGGUCUAGGACGAUCUCCUGAUAUCGUGGAAAACUGUCUGUACUAGUGAUACCCAAUAGAAGACACCCCUGGCCUUGCGAUUCAGUUUCCCAUCAGACCUUGAUCACACCGUCUGAUAUUUUCGUCAUCGUCUGCAGUCGACAUCGUCAUCGACAUCGUUUUCAUCAUCGACAUCGUUUUCGUCAUCGCAAGAGUAUUCCAGCACCGGUGUGUCAUCAGACUGACUUCCAUUCAAGAUGCCUUCCAAAAAGAAUGACAUGGCGUUGGAAGAGGGGUCCCCACCGAGCUACAAAGGGAAAGAUGAACACGACAAACUCCUCAUGGGCCUUACCGUAUUAAUGGUCAUCAUCUACUGCGGGUCUCUAGUCAUCCCAACCUCUGAACGAUGGGGCUGGUUGCCGACAUCUGUCGGGAACGCCUCUGGCAUUCACCCGACCGAGAUCACCCCCGCCGGCUGGGCCUUCUCCAUCUGGAUCCUCAUCUUUAUGUGGCAGAUGCUCUGGCUCAUCUACGCCCUCGUCAACCUCUGUCGACGGAACGAGCACGGUCCCGUCUACCUUAACCCACCGGUCAUCAGCGUCCAUUUCGUCGUCGGGUACACGGUCAGCCUGCUCGCCAUCAUCGCCUGGUAUUUCGUCUGGACGAAUCUCAUCAUCUGGGGGUCUCUCAUCGUGAUCGCCAUCAUCCCAGUGUCCGUGUGGUCAUGCAUUGCGUUCCUUACUCGCUGUCUCGUCCACAACAGAAAGCAUUUUACAAGCCGUGUCGACCUCUGGAUAUACCGCAUCUUGGUGCUCAACGGCCUCGCCAUCUUCGGUACCUGGACCGCGCUGGCCACGCACAUCAACAUCGCUAUGGUGUUCAUCUACGACUUCGGCCUGAGUAUCGACACGGGUUCCACCAUCGCACUGGUCAUCGUCCUGCUCCUCAUCAUCGUGUACGCCUUCCUCGAUCUCUUCCUGUGGGACCGCUAUCUCCGGUACAACGUCAUGUCCUUCCCCGUGGUCAUCUGGGCGGUGUCGGCCAUCCUCGACAAGAGACAGGAUGAAUUCGAUUUCAGCGUUGAUGCGAAUUUUAUACUUGCCGCCAUUUUGUUGUCAGUGGGUGUUGUCGCGUUUUUGCUAAAGGUAGUCCUCCUUGUCGUGCGUUCUGUACGGGAGAGCCAACGACAAGGCAUAUGAAAACAUUUUUAACAUGAUCGCAACUAUUUCCAGUAAAUCCAUUCUACAUCCCAUAGAAAUCAAAUUCAGAUUACGUAAUAUGUCAUUGCCAUGUCCGCACAUUUCAGUAGGUGGCGCACAAGUCUAUUGACAUUGCAUUAAGUUUAAUUUCUCGAAAGUUGUUGCGGUUGCAAAGAUCGUGUUUAAUUAGGAACUGAAUAAAAUGUUUAAAAUAAGAUAUUAGAUCUAUAAUGCAUUUCAUGUUUCCUGAAAAAUGCGUGUAUACACGAUAUUGUAAGAUAUUCAUCCUUUUCAUUUUGGUGGUAUUAGUUAUCUUUCUAAAAUUUUAUAUGACGCUCUUUUCAAAGAGCUGAAUGACUAUAUUGAAGAAAAUACGAAGAGCGAUGUAUUUAAACUGACAUGGCAUGUAUGAUUUAAACGCCGCGCAUUAUUACAUGCGCUGAAUGAUAUUCGUUGUAAAUAUGCUGAAUACUAAGAGCGCUUAUAAUAAAUUCUCGUCAAAUCAUAUCACAUGACGUGUAACUAAAAUCUAUCUUUCACUGUUUGAUAAAUAGAAGGACAUAUUUAUAAAGUUGAAGAUAUAUUUAUACUCCUUGAAUAUCUACAGUAAAUUAAAAAUCCAUACUAAUUAUUCGUACUCAA